GUACUUUGAGAAGCGGCUACAGGCAGCAGAAGAGAGUUACAGAGAGGAACUUGCUCUUCUCCAGCUGAGGCUGGUACAAGGUGCUCUGGAGGAGUCUGUGCUUUCAACUGCAAAUGACAGUUUCAUCUCACAAAAUGAAAAUAAGGAGGAAAAUGAAACCAGCCUAAACCAAGAAAAACACACGGACUUACUGGACACCUUACAACUUCAGAUGGAGGAAAAACAUUCUAUGGAUUUGUCAAACCUUCGAUCUUCUCUGACUGUGUCCUUUGAGGAAGAAGUGCAGCAGGUGCGCUCUGAGCUCACGGACCAUUACUACGUGGAGCUGCAGGAGAUGAAGACUCGCCAUGCCCUGGAGAUGGAGCAACUUAAAGCUAAAGUCUCUGAAGGUCACUUGCGAGAACUUACGAGAAUCCAAGCAGAAGCUUCCAGACAAGUGGAGGCGGAGAUUGAAUUGAGGCUGUGGUGUCACAGUGAGGAGCUGCACAGCAGGUUGACAAUCAUCCAUAACCUGGAGAAUAGAUUGGCUGCCUUAAACGAACAAUACAAAGCUGAGGUUCAGAACACACAAAAGAUGAAAAAGGAUUUUGCUGCGGAGCUCAGUAAUCUGGAGGAGGCUCUAAAUGAAGAGCGUGAACAAGUUGAUGAGAUGAGGAGGCUGAGAGAAGAACUCCAACAGAAGCAUGACGCUGAGAUAACUGCUCUGAGGUCAGACCUUGACACAGGAGCUGAGGAGAGGGCACACGGUGAAAAAGCGCUUUCAGAGGAAAAACAACACGUCACGUCUCUACAGACUGCGCUGGACAACCAUGAGAAUUCACAGGGGCUGACAGUAAGUCACAGCAGAGGAGAACAGGAUAUGAAUAAUCAAACAGAGGUCAUGAAGCUCAGCAAUGGCCUACAGGAGCCGAGUGACGAGCAACUGCAGCAAACAGCUGAGAAGUAAGACCUUUGAAACAGAACAAGACUGC